GGUCCCCGGCUGUGUAGAGGAUUAGUGUCUAGGGGUUAGUGGACCCGGAAGGGAGAUAGUGUGUGGGCCGUGGCUUAAGGAACACUUUGACGUGCGCCGCGGACUUAGACCUGGUGGCGAUGGGGGGGCCACAGCCCUUGGCUCUGCAGCUGGAACAGUUGUUGAACCCACGACCGCGCGAGGCGGAUCCUGAGGCGGAUCCGGAGGAGGCCACUGCUGCCAGAGUGAUUGACAGGUUUGAUGAAGGGGAAGACGGGGAAGGUGAUUUCCUGGCUGUGGGUAGUAUUAGAAAACUGGCUUCAGCCUCCCUGUUGGACACAGAUGAAAGGUAUUCUGGCAAGACCACCUCUAGAAAAGCUUGGAAGGCAGACCAUUGGGAGCAAACACUGCCAGGUUUGUCUGAGAAGGAAAUAGCUGAUGAGGAAGGGUCAGGAGAUGGAGAGUCAGAGGGACUGGGUCUGGAGGAAUCUGAUGAGGAUGACCUGAAUGCUGCUGAGGAACAGGAGAGUGGUGAUGAGGGGGAGAGCAGUGAUGAUGGGGAGAGCGAUCUGGCCUGGAGGAAGCAGAGCAGAAGCCGCUCUGCAAAAACACCAGGCUUCAGUGUCCAGAGCAUCAGUGACUUUGAGAAGUUUACUGAGGGAAUGGAUGACCUCGGGAGCAGUGACGUGGAAGAAGAUGAGGACGAGGAAGAUGAAGAGGAGGAGAGUGGCAUGGAAGAAGGGGAAAGUGAGGAAUAUGUGGAGGGUGAGAUCGAGGAAGACAGAGCUGGAGGAGACAGGAACAGUGAAGACGAUGGUGUAGUGAUGACCUUCUCCAGUGUCAAAGUCUCCGAGGAAGUGGAGAAAGGAGGAGCUGUGAAGAACCAGAUAGCACUGUGGGACCAGCUCUUGGAAGGAAGGAUUAAACUACAGAAAGCUCUGUUGACCACCAAUCAACUUCCUCAACCAGACGUUUUUCCAGUUUUCAAGGACAGAGGUGGCCCAGAAUUUGCCAAUGCCCUAAAAAAUAGUCACAAGGCACUUAAAGCAUUGUUGAGGUCAUUGGUUGAUCUGCAGGAAGAGUUACUUUUUCAAUAUCCAGAUACUAGAUAUCUAGUGGAUGGAACAAAGCCCAAAGCAGAAAGUGAGGAGAUUUCUAGUGAAGAUGAUGAGCCAAUAGAAGAGAAGCAGCAGCAGAGAAGGGGCCCACCUAAGAGGAAGCUGGAGGUGGCUGAGUACCCCAGCUUCAUGGCAAAGCGUUUUGCUGAUUUUACAGCCUACAGGAACCGCACACUUCAGAAGUGGCACGAUAAAACCAAGCUGGCUUCUGGAAAACUGGGGAAGGGUUUUGGUGCCUUUGAACGCUCAAUCUUGACUCAGAUCGAUCAUAUUCUGUUGGACAAAGAAAGAUUACUUCGUAGGACACAAACCAAACGCUCUAUUUACCGAGUUCUUGGCAAACCUGAACCAGUGGCUCAGCCUGUUCCAGAAAGUUUACCAGGAGAACCGGAAAUCCUUCCUCAGGCCCCUGCCAAUGCUCAUCUGAAGGACUUGGAUGAAGAAAUCUUUGAUGAUGAUGACUUUUACCACCAGCUCCUUCGAGAACUUAUAGAACGAAAGACCAGCUCUUUGGAUCCCAAUGAUCAGGUGGCCAUGGGAAGGCAGUGGCUUGCAAUCCAGAAGUUACGAAGCAAAAUCCAUAAGAAAGUAGAUAGGAAAGCCAGCAAAGGAAGGAAACUUCGGUUUCAUGUCCUUAGCAAGCUACUGAGCUUCAUGGCACCUAUUGACCAUACUACAAUGAAUGAUGAUGCCAGGACAGAGCUGUAUCGCUCUCUCUUUGGCCAGCUCCACCCUCCUGGUGAAGGCCACAGGAAUUGAUGUUGCCUGUGUCCCUUGCUACAGACCGGGGCAAGGCCUCCCCCGACACAGCGGUGUCUUGGCCAGUCGGCUGCUCAUCCAGUGGAGGAAACCAGUGACCUUACAGGGUUGAGCUAGUAGGGAGAUUCCUGGGAAGGUGCUAUGCUCAAAACAUGUGCCUAAUACCUGUGAGGGCACUGGCCCUCUGUGCUCUUUAACCAUCACAAAUAAAGAGCGUUGUCACUGUC